AUGCAAACAUCGGAAGGCUGCUCAUCGCUGGCUCAGGUCAAGCCUGUGGUAAUCGGGGUGGUCGGUGGACCAGGGUCCGGAAAAGGUACGCAGUGUGAGAUGCUCUGCCAGGGGUUCAGAGUCUCACACAUUAGUGUUGGAGAUGUCCUCCGGGCGGAAGCGGCUGAUCAGGACAGUCCAUACCGGGGAACCAUCAGAAAGAACAUGCUGGCAGGCACCUUUGCGCCCAAGGAAGUCAGCAUGGCCAUUAUUCAAUCCCACAUGAAGAAAGCUUCAGAGACUGGCAUCAAUUUGUUUGUUCUGGAUGGAUUUCCAAGACAUUUGGAGCAGCUGCAUUACUUCGAGAGCGUUAUUACUCCACUAAGGACGGUGAUUCUGCUGCAGUGCUCUGAAGCAGUCAUGGUCGAUCGCCUUUGCUCUCGAGGACGCUUUGACGACAAUGCAGAGUCUAUCCGCGGUCGUCUUGCUACAUUUCAUACCACUACAUCCCAAGUAGUUGAUCUGAUGCAUCAGAGAGGCAACCUGGUGGUGGUAGAUGCGGAGCAGCCUGUUGAAACUGUCAGCAGACUGAUGGUCGAGGUAUUUUCCGAUAUUGCUGAGCGGCGCGUGUAG